UAGUAGGUUCCGAGUUGUUGACAAAGAAAAAAACCCUUCCCAGUCUUGUGAUACCUUUCUUCUUUGACUACUUCAUCAUCAACACCAUCGCCACCCUGCUCUCUUCUGACCCAACACACCACCACGCUACCUACACACAACACGACACACCUAGGAAUGCAGAUCAACGACCUUCCAAGCGAACUUCUCUCCAACAUCCUCUACCUCGCUACCAAGGCGAACGAGGCGGAAAACGAAACCUUCACCUACGGCCUCUCCCAGGCGCCACUGCCGCUGGUCAAGGCCAAACUCACCAAGUAUGUCCGCGGUCCGGUGACGGCAGAGGCCCUGCGAUGGGAUGCCACCAGGUCCAUCCGCUCCGUCUGCUCCGCAUGGCAUGACUGGGCCGCGUCGUACAACUUCGAGCACGUCUUUGAGCAGCGAUGGAAGGGCGCCGAGCGAUGGGCCGACCUGACCAUGCAACGCCAGAAGUACUCCUUCUACGAGCUCAACACCCGGCCAAACGGUGUGGCGCUCUACCGUGACCCGUACGGCUCGCUCAAGCACACCGAUCGCCUCUUCUCCGCCAUUCCUUCUGCUGCGAAUCACGUGCGCCGACUAUGGUUUAACGGAUUCUACGUUGCGCAGUCCGACAAGCUGAUUUUGUCGGUGAUCGCGAGCUGCCCGGAACUGUCCUUCCUCAGCGUCCCGUGGACAGUGUUGCGGAGAGGCAGCGCCGACGACUGGGUCGACCUGUUGAACGUCAACACCGGCGUUGGAAAGCCACUUCACUCUCUCGAGAUUACCGCGGUCGCUCUGCCUGCAGACCACGCCAAAGCCCUGGAGGCGGACGACACGCCCAACCCCGUUAUGGACCCGCGAGUCGACUUCAGCGCUCUCAAGCGCCUCAAGUUUUUCGGCAACACCCUCCACAAGCCCAUCGGCGACGAAGAUUUGCAGCUGAUUGCGCGCACGGCAACAAACCUGGAGUGCCUCGAUCUCACCAACCUGUCGACCAUCUCCGUGGCCGGCAUGCUGUCGAUUGUCAAGGCUUCCAGCCAGACCCUCCAAGUCUUGGAGCACUCGCCUCGCUCCGACGACGGCUUCUACCACCCCUACCCCGGCCACAUCGACGAGCACGUCUGCGAGCUGAUCGCCAGCCUACCGCGCAUGCGCGACCUCUCCAUGAGCGUGCCGUACAUGUGCGCCGACCUGUUCGCCAACCACGAAGUGCGCUGGCAAGGUGACUGCCAAAUCCGCACCGUCGACAUCUGCAACUGCAGCGCCGACACGGGCGCGCACACGCGCGUCGAGCACCUGCGCAAGACGUUUGACGCCGCUCGUGCCCUCGUCGCUGCACGCAGACGCAUGGGCCACAAGCUGAGCAUCGAGAUCUUCUUUGCCGGCUGCAUCUUCUACCCCGAGCAGCGACUGGUGCAUGGCGACUUCGCGCUGGCGGAGAUUUCGUCCAACGGCAACUGGCCCCUGCACAAGCAGGCCAGCACCAAGGGACCAUAUGGGACGAGCGGGGUGUACGAGAAGGAGGAAGGGUAUUGGGAUGCGAUUAGCGAGGAGGACUACUUUACGGCUGUCACGAGGCACUGGGUUCAAUUGUGAGCGGUCCCGCCACGAAACCGAUUCUGAGCGUUUUUGCAUUGAGCGGAAAUUCUGUGAUGGGAGAAUCAUCAUGGGUGCAUUUAUUGAUCAUGAUGACACGACGGCAUGCUUUUGCUCCGAGCGAAGGUGUUGAUUGGGAAAAAAGCGCGCAUAUUUGAGCGAACGGCACGUUUGUGCGUGGGCCAUAGGCAGGAGCAUUGGGUGAGAAGAAGACAUAGUGUCUAGUUACUACUGAGUGCUCACAAGAAAUUAACAAUAAUGAUAACAUAUCAAGCG